AUGCGUGUGCCUGGUCAUUGUUGGACUUCUGACGGCUAUAAUCAUUCUAAAAGUUGGCAGUUUGACUGUAAAGGUGGGCCACCACAGCGUCGAUGCAUUCCAUUACGACGCUUCCACGAUGGCAUUGUGGACUGUCCUGACGGAAUUUGCUUUCCUGGUUACAUAAAAUGUGGCUCAUAUUGUGUAUCCCCAAAGUAUACCACUCAGUGCUUCAUUAAUCCAAAAGAAAAAUUGUGUCCAGUCGAUGAGACACUUCCAUGUAAAGGUUACGGUGAAUGUGUAAUGAGAAGAUGGAUCGAACAAGGUCAAACAAAUUGCAUCGACAAAUCAGAUGAAGAUAUUGCUUAUAUUGCGAUAUUUGGUAUUAAACGUAGCGCAAUUUCCUACACAAAUUUUCAAACGUCAACUGCACCUGCAGAAAGAAUUAGAUUUAUUGGUGGUACACUAGGCUUUGUUCCUUACGUAACACCCAGCACGACGCCUUAUUCCACUACGAACGAGUUGAAUGAUUUAACUGCUGAAACAACACCUACACAAUUCACAUUCCAAAUACCAACAAGAGCUUUAAAUGACAAAAACAUAGAUACGUCAUUUGGGCAUUUAGAUGCUACAGAAAGCGAUAUUUUUCGAAACGAAUUACAAAUCAAUAAUGUCUCAAAUCAAAGCAAACAUCAAACGAUAAACGAGAAUCGAAAUAUUGGAUCAAAUCAUGGAAGUUAUUUAAAUAUUAAUCUGCUAAAUUCGCGUGCAGAAAGUAAUAGUGAAAAUGUUGCUAACUUAAACUUCUAUAAAACGGAAAAUGAUAGCAAUCAGUUUAAUUUUGGUGAAAUGAAAACGCAACAAAAGAUUGUUGCAAUGUCACAAAAACCAUCUUUACUACCAAAUUUUACUGAUAAUUCAAAUGAAGAAGCGGCUGAAAAACAAGCAAAUUUUAUUCCAUCAAAUUCAGCAAAUUCUUAUGCUUGGCUAAGUACUGAACUGAACGGAACCAAGAACAAGUCAUUAGCAUCUGUAGAAAAGUUACCAUUCAUACCUCGAACAUCUUUUCAUAAUUUUACUGCAUUUAAUGGUAGUAACAAAGGUUCUGUUGCUCUUCAGCACGGUAAUUUUCAUAAUGCGUUAGAAAAUGAAAAGGAAGCAAUUAAUAAUGAUGGUAAAAACAAAUUCUGGAACAAUAACAGUAAUGAUAGUGGUAAUAAAUCAAAUCAUAGUGGUAAUAAACAAAAUAAUGGAACAUUUUCUUCGCUUCUAAAUACAUCAACAGAACAUGUCAGAAUCUUAGAGCAAAAUAAUAUCAAUAUGGCAUCGAAUGGACAAUUCAUUGAUCACAAUGCACUCAAUCUUUCUACUAAGAUGGUGCAAAAUCAGAAUGCAGAAAAGCUUGCAGAAUCAAAACAACUUCAGUGGGAACACAAUGGUAUUAUGCUUAUAUUUAUUAGCUGUAAGCAGUAUAACAAAUUGAUUACAUAAUC